AUGUGGCAGCAUUGGUGGUUAUGUUUUAUGCUCGCUGGAUUGUUGCCAACAGCAUGCGUCGUGCAUAGUGAAAAUGGUAACAAUGACAAUCAUCUUGAUGAAAAGCAUAUACUCGAUGAGGAAGAAAAAAAUCCAAGACUUGAAUACAUACCACCUCUAUUUCAAACCCCAACGGUUUCCGGCUCACCUCUACUGGUAGAUUGGUUCUCAAAUCGUAAUGUAAUUGGUAAGAAAUGGAUCAUAUCAAAGGGCAAAAAGGACAAUGUAGAAGAUUCGAUAGCCAAAUUCAAUGGUCAAUGGGAAAUAGGCGCUCCCUCAACAGUUGUGAUUGACAGUGAUUUCGGAUUGAUUGUGAAAACCAAAGCACGACAUCAUGCAAUUGCUGCAAAAUUCAAUCGUCCAUUUAAAUUUGAUGGCAAACCUUUAGUUGUACAGUACGAAGUAAAAUAUGAGGAGGGACAGGAGUGUGGUGGUGGCUAUGUGAAAUUAUUAACAGAGGGUAUAGAAGUGCUAGAAGAAUUUACAGAUAAAACACCAUAUACAAUAAUGUUUGGACCUGAUAAAUGUGGUGCCAAAUCCAGUAUCUUAUUCAUUGUGCGCUUCAGAAAUCCUAUAAAUGGCACUAUCUCCGAGCACCAUGCGAAACAGCCAUCCAAAUCAGUUUCAACGUAUUUUGACGAUCACAAAACCCAUUUGUACACUCUGAUUGUUCGUCCAGAUGAAACGUUUACUGUGUUGGUUGAUGAAAGCAAAAUUAUGUUUGGUAGCUUGAUUACUGAUCUCGAGCCGUCGAUUACCCCUCCAGCUGUAAUUGAUGAUCCUACAGACAAGAAACCUGAAACUUGGGAUGAACGCGAAAAAAUCGAUGAUCCAGAUGCUAAAAAACCUGACGACUGGGAUGAAAAUGCUCCUCGGAAAAUUGAAGAUGCAAAUGCUGUAAUGCCUGAUGACUGGCUUGAAGAGGAGGAGGCGUUAAUUCCAGAUCCGGAGGCAAAGAAGCCAUCCGACUGGGAUGAUAGCAUGGAUGGUGAAUGGGAAGCGCCGAGAGUUGAUAACCCGAAAUGUAAAGAUCGGAGUGGUUGCGGUAAAUGGACAAAACCACUGAUCGAUAACCCAAAUUACAAAGGGAAAUGGAAACCGCCGCGUAUUGCAAAUCCUAGUUAUAAAGGGAAGUGGAAGCCAAAGCAAAUCGAGAAUCCGAAUUAUUUCGAACCUCAUCCAUACUCUCAAUUACAACCUGUCACAGCGUUUGGGAUUGAACUUUGGACAAUGAGUGCAAACAUAAUCUUUGAUAACAUUUAUGUUGGAGAUGAUGAAAAUGCUGCUUCCAGUUUUGCCAAGCAAACCUUCAAAGUCAAACUUGCUCAGGAGGCUGCUUACGAAAGCGCAUCCUCUCCUGGUCAAGGAAUAUUUAGUAAAAUUUUGUCAGCGACCGAGGAACGGCCGUGGUUGUGGGUUAUUUAUGUGCUAUCCAUUCUUAUACCAGUGAUCAUAAUAGCCGUUAUUUGCUUUGGACGCAAAACUCGCUCAGUUACGCUGGAUUAUAAAAAAACUGAUGAAUCGCAUCCUGACGAUGAAGUACCGGACCUUGUCGGAGACGAUGAUGAAUCUGUGGAGCGCAGUUCGCAGGAACCUGAAGCACAUAAUAAUGCAAAAGAAAAGAAACGGACCCCUUCUCGAUCACCAGAUCGUUCACAUAUGGAAAAGGAAGCGUCAUCGAGUGAAGAAAUCAGAAAUGAAGAUUACAGCUCUUCGAAAGUGAGGCGUGUGCGUCAAAGGAAACAGGAUUAG